CUGUACCAACCCUGCGAUGACCACCCUCUCCCCCGGCGUAUCCACGUGGGCCGCCCCCACGUGGUUCCGGUCCUUCUACAGCACGUUCCCCCUCGUUGUCCACCCGCAGGACGACCAGCUCGAGUGGAAAGCCCACGCGCGCGGGCUCCCCCCGCAGUCCGCCGUCCUCUGGAUCCACCCGUCGUCCGCGCACCCCCACCCCCACCGCCGCCCGUGGCUCUCCGCCAACCCCUCCUCCCUCCGCACCCAGCUCCUCUUCCUCCUCCGCCAUACUGCUUCCCAGCCGCCUGUCGUCUUUAAAGAAUGGCCCAAUGAGUCGUCUGCCCCGAACGGCACGUUGCCGGCACUGCAUAUCCCGAGCCAGGAGAGGUUGCUGUCCACAGACGAAAUAAGGGGCUGGCUGGAAGGUACUUAUCCCCUCGACGGGAGGCACAGAGAGUGGCAAGGGCUUGCAUCACAAGAAAGCUACGACAAAGCCCUCGCCCUUUCCCAACUCAUCCUCACCCACCUCCUCCCCGCAUACCUCGCCUCCCUCCCCCCUCCGUCCUCUUCCCGAAUCCCUUUCCACCUCCAUUUCCCAGUCCCGCCUCCUCUCUAUGCAGGCCUCACCACCCCUCUUCCCGCAAGUCUCACGGGCGACAGGCGCGAUAUCGAUAUAGACGACGUCCUGAGAAAGGGACAGGAGGCCGUAGAUGUUGUGGAUGGUUUGUUGCGAGGUGAUGGAUGGGCGCUGGGAGCAAAGAGGCCGACAAGUCUGGAUGCGCUCGUGGCUUCGCACCUGUAUGUGCUUUUCACGCUGCCAGAGGAUUCGUUUUUAAGAGGAGCUGUGCAAGGGAAACAGGGAGUGGAAAAGUAUAUCGAGAGAGUCCUGGACUAUGCCGAGAGCAGAAGGGUGUAAGCGUACAUGUCGUGAUAUGGAGACUGCAU